AGAUCCAUUUCUGCGGGUGGUGACACUUUCUUGCUAGUAUCGCAAAAUCGGGGAGGAUUUCGUUUUCCUCCCGUAGAAAAUCUGCGCAAUUUGUUAUGCUAGCGGGAAAUCACUCGUAACUUCCACAUUCUUGCCGCGGUGACAACAAAAGUAGAAAAAAAAAACAAGCGGCAAAAAUGUCUACCAAAAUCGCCUCAAGUAUUAAAUGUGCGCUGCUUUCGCAAUCCCACCAGGUGCAACAGUGCCAAAGGCAACCACUUUUGUAUUCCACCUACCGAGGGUUGUUCGAUUUCACUCCCAUCACCAACACGAGAAGGGAAUUCAAACAGAAGAAACUGGCUGGCUACUCUAUGGACAAGUUGUACUCCGUGGUGUCGGAUGUGGAGAAAUACAACACCUUCGUGCCGUUCUGCAAAAAAUCCUUCGUUUAUGCAAAGAAGCCCGAGUCGCUAAAAGCGGACCUGAUUAUAGGCUUUCCACCGCUGAACGAAAGCUACACCUCGAACGUGACCCUCGUCCGACCCAGCCUAGUCAAGGCGGAAUGCGUCGAUGGACGACUGUUCAACUAUCUGCUCACGGCGUGGCAAUUCAGCCCCGGCCUAAAGGACAUCCCGGAGUCCUGUGUGAUUGAUUUCAUGGUGGCGUUCGAGUUCAAAUCCGCUCUCCAUUCGCAGCUGUCCAACUUGUUCUUCGAUCAGCUGGUGAAGCAGAUGGAGUACGCCUUCAUUCAAGAAGCGGGUAAUCGCUACGGUCCACCAUCCAUCAAAAGUCACGUACUGGUAUCGAACAAAUCUUGACGCAACAGCGACGGCGGUUAAGUUUUAUUUUAGUAACGAAGCAAAUUAUUUUUAUUUAUUUAUUCAUGUGCUACUUUGGAUAUUGCGCUGGAAUGAAAAUAUCGUGUACAUAUUGAGUUAUAUCUAGCGAAAUGAUUUUAGUGUAUGUCACCGUGGGUAGGAUCCCCCUUAUUCUGUGCCGCAAGUGAGGUGAGGUGACUCUCCGUCAAAUCACCUCACUCGCAGCGCAGAAUAAUGGGGUUUUCGACAUUUUCGGAGAUUGGCAUUCGAAAGGGGGGAAAUGUAAUAAGCCAAAUCCGAACACAACGUCGGAAACUGUGAUAGAGCGCAGAAGAAUGGAAGAAAACAAUUUUUAUGUCAUGGUUUUAUUACGGAAUACCUCUCCAAUUUACCGAGGUCCGUGAUAAAAUCGGAAUGGCGCGACCGAGACUUACUGUAGACAAAUUGAAUAUCGGGAAAACGCGGGAGUAAUGCUCCGGAAGCGCGUAGCAGUCAGUCGACCCUCAUCACCAAAGUCUAGGUCACGAGCAUUAUAGACGGUCCUUGGCCAGUAGGUGAAUAAUUAUUGUGGACUCUGAGCCAAGACAUGAAAAACAAUAAAACUAAUCGAUUGUGUAGCUAACGAACAAAGAAAAGCUCUGAAUGUUUGUCAGGUUGGCGAUUA